AGAAUAACAUAACCUCUCUAUUUACUUGAACUACUCGAUGUUCAUGGAGUAAACACAUAAAAAAUGGAAAUAACAAAAGGUUUCUAUGAUUUGAGUGUGCCGUAUCAAAGCAACGAGAGUGAUUUAUUUGCCAUAUUGAAUGAGCUCUACAAUGUUGGCUACCGAACCGUCGCAAUUGAUGAAACGUUUGAUCACACAAAAUGCAAUCGUAAGGUGUCCGAUAUAUUCCCAGCGCCAGCUGAUUUGACGAGUCUUCGUGCAAAAUUCGAAAACAAAUUGAAAAUCUUGAAUCGGCUCUCUAUUGUCUUUACUCAAAAUGUUGUCAUGCACGAUAUGAAUCUGUCGACCAACAUAAAGAAGUACAAUUUGAUUUGCGGCAUACCGAUAAAUGAAACGGCAAUGCACUAUGCGUGCUCAACUUUUCCAGGAGACAUGAUUGGAAUGCUGCACGAUGAGGCAACCAAAGUGUUUCUGAUUGGUCACAAAUAUUACCAAAUGGCAGCUCGUCGUGGUAUUUACUUCGAAGUUCCAUAUGCGCCGGCUAUUCGCAAUUCAAAUCAUCGAAAAGAUGUCAUUGUCAUUGCACAAAAUAUCGUGUCACAUCGAAAACCAAAGAGCAUUGUGAUUACGGGCGGUGCAUUAAAUCCAUUUCAAGUUCGAUCCCCAUACGAUGUGGCCAAUUUAGGACUGAUAUUUGGAUUGAGUGAAGAACAAUCAAAAAGUGCCAUUUCAAACAUUUGCCGAACAAUUCUAUUGAAAGCAGAGGGUCGAAGAUAUGGGAAGACCGUCAUUUUUGCUAAAAACACCAACGAACCGAGCGAUGAAGAUGGAAAUGACAGUGAAUCCGACGAAGAGGAAUCAAAUUCCGAUGAAAGCAUGGACGAAGGGCAUCCACCGAAAAAACUAAAAUUUAGUUAGUUUGAAUUUAAUUAUACACAUUUUGUUAUUAAAAAAAUCGAGCAUUUCCGUUCGUGCGAAAAGUUCGAUAAAAAAUCAA